CGCGAACGACAAACAUAAACAAACUUUCGAGAACGUCUUGGGUCCACAUUUAAGAUCUCGGCCGAAUUAAGCUUUACGAUGCCUCCAAUACGUGUUAAAUACGUCAUUUCAUUCACCUCACAGGCUCCCAAGAACACAGUGGAAGACUUAGUGAAGGGCCGAGGAUCAUGGCUUUGUGAUGUGAGUGACAGGACAGGACGCUUGCAGGCAGAUAUCCAGUUAGAACGAGCUACCACGAUAUCUUAUAUUGACCUUGGGAAUGCUGGGAGUGUGAUGGUAAGCAUUGAAGUUGGUCGUUCUUCAUGGCCUUCAGAUAAGCCCUUUGUGGCACUACUGCCCACAGUAGCACUAAUGACUCCAGCAGAAUGGCGUGCAGGCAAGAAUUCCAAAACGGUCCGCAUGUUCAAAAAAGAGGAUUUAGAUCAGCAUGCAGUCAAAGAAAAGUGGGAUCGUGUUAGAAUUAUAUGCACUCAGCCUUUUCGAAAAGAUGCACAGUUUGGACUGGCUCUAUUUUGCCUCCACACCACUGAUGAGAGUCAUGUGCAGGAGGAAGUGUCAUCACUUAACCCACAACGUGUUCCACCUCAAGGAACACAUUCAGACACGAAGAAAGAAGAACUUGUUUCAAGAAUGAACCUUCCAACUGUAAAGAAGAAAGUUAUGUCUCAAAGCAUAGGUUGGCUUGAGAAUAAAGUGCUGACAAAUGGUGAAGAAGCAAAUGGUAGUAAUCCCUUCACUUCCCCAGUCUCUCGAGCAGCUCGUCUUGUGGUCAUGGCAACAAAGCCAGCAAAUAAGGAGAGUGUGGCAUCCCAUAAGGCCAGUCUGGAAUGUGAAGCUCUGGACUUCCUCAUAUCUCUUAACUUGAAAAUUGAAGAAAUCAACUCUUUAAAAGUAUCUGGUGUUCGUCAGCAGUUUGAACAGCGUAGGCAGAAAAUGUUAAACCAUGAUGAAAAAAUCAUAUUUAAAGAUAUUGCUUUGGAUUAUGCGAAGAAUAGAUUAGAAAGUCUAGAAAAGAAAAUUGAAAAAUCAGUUGAAAGUGAUACAUGGAAGAACAAAGGUACAGCAAUGAAGCAACAGAAACAGUCAGUAAAAGAAAAAGAAAAUAAGUUCAAAGGUAACAUUCCAAAAAAGAACACAAGCCAAAACAGUAAUGAGAAGAGAAAAACAUUAGCAGCUACAAGCAAACAAACAACCAAGCCAGCUAAUCUCCCUGUACAGCAGAAUUCUCAUGGAAAAUUUACGUUUAAAAAGAUAGAAGCUCCUGGAAGUUCUCUAGCAUUACUGAAGAAGUCACCAGUCAACAGGAAAGAAAAACAAAAGAGUGAUGAUGACCUCAAAACUCAGUCGCCCUCAGGUUUGUCUCGUAAUGAGCUGGCUCUCUCUGAUGCCAAAGUUACCACUCCCAAAAGACCAAAGGGCCGGCCUAAGAAGUCAGUCACCCCAAAGAUGAGAGACAGUAGACAACCAACAGUAAAUACAUGGAUAACACCAGUGGCCAAAAGAAAGAGAGAAGAGCCUGACUUCUCUUAUUCAGCUCAAGCUUCUCAGAAAUUUUCCAAGGAGUUAGAUGACAUAAACAGUGGCCUUAUUUGGACUGACAGUGAUGAUGAUGUGAAUGAUAAGCAGGAAGGAGGAGGAUUUAUGGAUGAUGUAACGCCCUGGAGUAACGCUGAUCCACAAGGAAGAGAUUUUGCUAAAACUUCAGUAGUGGUUUCUAGAGAUACAGAGUCUGGUAAUGUAUUGGGUACUGCCCCAUCUGACAAGUUUGGAGUAACACAGGCCAGGAAAAGGUCCAGAGGAGGCAGCCCAGACCACACACAAUCUGCAACUUCAAGCAAGAGCCACUCUUCAAAAAUGAUGGAGUGCCCAUUGUGUUCAGAUUUCUUCCCUCCAUCAAAGAUCCAGUCACAUGCUGCUUCAUGUGGUAUUGUGAUAUCAUCAGAUUCUGACUCGGAUUCUGAUUGCGGAUAUAGAAGCAACAGAGGCAAGGAACAAAGUAAGAGAAGCAGCCUGGAAGAGUGUCCUGUGUGUGGUGACUUCAUCAACAGUUCAGACCUACAAGAACAUGCAGCAGAAUGUGCUAAUUCGACAUUUGGUUGACAAACGUUCAACUCUCAAAAUUUUUAUACUUUUUAUUGUGAAAUUUAUGUUCAGUAUUAAAAGAGACAAAUGUGUAACAUCAGCAUUUUAUGUGAUGAAGAGUUAAAAUUUAUAUUGUGCAUUGUAUGAGUUACACUUCUAAAGAAAAUAUUGAACAUAGAUUUAAAACAAGAAAGAAAUUUUAUGAAUUCAUAUUUAUAUUAUUUUAUAGUACAUAAUGAAGUGACUCAUGUAACCUGUAAAGUUUUAAGUAAACAUUUUACGAGUAUUUUUACAGGUUUUAUUCUGGUUAAUUUAUUGGUACAUUUAGCAGUGCAGAAUACAGAAAAUAUCCUUUAUUUUGGAUUAUAUGCAAUGUCAAAGGAGCCAAUGGUUUUUAGUGACUACAAGCAUAACGUAAUCCAAGUCUACGAGGUAAAUCUGAGUAAAAAAUAAAACAAGAGAAAUACG